CUCUCAAUCCAUUCAUCUUCCCUUCAAGAUAAUCUCCGGAUUCUCUCUGCAAGGCAAAGCAGCCGCCAUGGUGGUAUUGUCAAAACCGGCAAUCGAGCAGUUUUCUGUCAUCAAGACGUGCAAGCCCGCCACAUUCUUCGGCGGGAUUCCGCUCAUCGAUUUGUCCAAACCAGAUUCCAGGAACCUCCUCGUCAAGGCGUGCGAGGAGUUCGGGUUCUUCAAGGUGAUCAACCAUGGCGUCCCGACGGAGUUCAUCAGCAGGCUGGAAUCCGAGGCCGUGAAGUUCUUCUCCAUGCCGUUGCCGGAGAAGGAGAAGGCGGGGCCGCCGGACCCUUUUGGAUACGGCAACAAGAGCAUUGGACCCAACGGCGAUGUGGGCUGGGUUGAGUAUCUCCUCUUAACCACCAACCCUGAAUUCAAUUUCCGGAGACUUUCUUCAAUCUUCGGCCAAAACCGAGAGAUGAUCAGGUGUGCCUUGGAUUACGUCUCGGCGGUGAAGAAGAUGGCCUGCGAGAUACUGGAGUUAAUGGCGGAAGGGCUGAAGAUUCAGCAGAGGAAUGUGUUCAGCAAGCUGUUGAUGGACGAGCAGAGCGACUCUGUUUUCCGUCUGAAUCACUACCCGCCAUGCCCAGAGCUUCAAGACAUGAAUGAUCGGAAUUUGAUCGGAUUCGGCGAGCACACCGACCCGCAAAUCAUCUCCGUUCUAAGAUCCAACAACACAGCCGGGCUCCAAAUCUCUCUCAGAGACGGCAACUGGAUUUCCGUCCCGCCUGACCAGAACUCCUUCUUCAUCAAUGUCGGCGACUCUCUGCAGGUGAUGACCAAUGGGAGGUUCAAGAGCGUGAGGCACAGGGUUCUGGCCAACGGCACCAAAUCAAGGGUUUCAAUGAUCUACUUUGGAGGGCCGCCCCUGAGCGAGAAGAUAGCCCCAUUGCCAUCCCUAAUGGGGGGAAAAGAAGACAGCUUGUACAAAGAGUUUACAUGGUUUGAGUACAAGAAAUCUGCCUACAAGUCACGGCUGGCCGACAACAGGCUGGGCCUCUUUGAGAAGAUUGCAGCCUCGUUAACUUAGGACAAACGGUUAAUCAUCAAUCAAGCUCCCAAGUUCCCUUCGAAAUAGCUAGGUUUUGCAAAUCAAGUCCCCCACACUUCGAAAGCUUUGUACUCUACUCGCUGUUCUUUCCCUCAUACCUCGCUGUAAUUACUUUCCUGUUAAUAACAGAACAUCGUCACAGUUUUCGUAUAAAAAAUCAUCAUCAGAUUGACUUGACGAUAAGGCUCAAACUCGGCUCAAUCCAUGGGAAUGUAAGAACUGGGCAUUCGAAAUUGAUGGGU